AUGUUACGUUCCUCCCAAGAAGAUACACCCGACCUUAGCAGCACAUCAGCAGCAGCAGCAGCAGGAGCAGCAACAGCAGCAGGAGCAGCAACAGCAGCAGGAGCAGCAACAGCAGCAGGAGCAACAGGAGAAGGAAGGACAUUAUUAUCAUCAGGAGGAACAGGAGAAUCAGGAGAAAAAGGAGGAGACAAUUAUCCUUGUUGUUUUAAUAGUCCUAGUGGUGUAUAUACACCCCAAUUAGGGGAUAUAAUUCGUUACUUUCCUCAAUUACAUGUGUCUCCUUCUUAUACACAAGAUAUUAUACAGCUAUGGUCUCCUCAUUGCUUCUCUCCUUGUGAUGCUGCUGUUGUACAUAUACAAUAUAUAUUACCAGGUCUUCCUGCUGAAGAGGAGCCACUACAGGUAUCUGCUGCAUUAGAGCUAGAGAUAGUGUCUCCUUCGCAUGCAGCAGGAGACAGAUUUAAUAUACAUUACUGUCCCUCCUUGGAUGGAUCUGCAGACUUCUUGGUCUUAUUAACAGAUGUAUAUAGGGGUUUAUUUCGUUUGCUGCUGCUGCAGCAGCAGCUGCUUAGAUUAGAAAAAGAAAAAGUUAUUAAGUUGCAGCAACAGCAGCAGCAACAACUUUUUCUCCAGCAGCAACAGCAGCAGCAAGAGAUGGAGGAGGGAGCUAGGAGGACACCAAGGAGACGCGUAAGGAGACCUAAUCUAGAUGAGAGGGACGGUGCUUCUGUCUGCAGCAGCAGACGACAGCAGCAGCAGCAGCAACAACAACAACAGCAGCAACAGCAGCAGCAGCAGCAGCAAGAGGAUUUAUCUUCUUAUCCUCUUAUUCAGGUGUAUAUGGAUGGUCAAUACUUCCCUGCAUGCGUUUGCUCAAUAAGAGCAGCAGCACCAGAAGCAACAGAGACAGCUCGUGCCUUAUUAGCAGGUGCAGCAACAGCAGAAAAAGAGCAGCAAAAACAGCAACAGCAACUGCAGCAACUGCAGCAACAGCAGCAGCAACCAUGGCUUAUAACAGAUAACUAUAGGGGACCCAAGGGACUACAUGAGGUACGACGGCUAGCGCUAGCUAGCGCAUUAAGGGGAGUAAUAGGGUCUAAUAUAUAUCCUAAUUUUGUUAUAGAUAGUAUAGCUAUGACAGUACCUAGCAGCAGCAGCAGCAGCAGCAGCAGCAGCAGCAGCAGCAGCAGCAGAAACGAUACUACAGGUAUACCUCAUGCUGCUAGCGAUGCAGCAGCAUGGUGCCAUGUUGCUUCCUUGGGGUUCGAGGCCCUCCGUGUCCAGUACCUAAAAGAAAUUGAUACAUUUAAGUCUUCUUCUUCCAGAGGGGGCCCCCGUGGGGGGGGCCCCCAUGGGGCCUCCCAUAGUGGGGGGGGCCCCUAUGGGGCCCCCAAUAAUGGGACACUUGUUGCAUCCGGGGAACCUGUAUGGAUUAGCCCUUGGGAGAUAGACUUUGCACCUGGGCAGAUGCAUGCAAUGGACCAGCAGGUGCAGCAGCUGCUGCAGCAGCAAGAGUUUCCUAUAGAGAGGCAGCAGUUGCUGCUGCAGCAGCUAAAGACUGUUAUAGAAACACCAGCACCUGCUGCAGCAACAGACACCAGCAGCAGCAGCAGCUGCAGCAUGAAUGGCAGCGUUAUGAUCAAUGGCAGCAGCAGCAGCAGCAGCAGCAGCAGCAGCAGCAAAGCUCUCCUGUAUCAACCAUUUAUAGACGACGUCCCCGAAUGGCAAGAGGACAACAACAACAGCAGCAGCAGCAGCAGCAGCAGAAGCAGCAGCAGCAGCAGCAGCAGCAGCAGGAUGCCUAAUUGGAUAUCUGAGUAUUGGAAGAAAAUAGCAGUUGUUGAUCAGCAAGCAGCAGCAAAUGUACAUGCUGUACGUGAACAUGAUGAAUGGAUGCGGCAGCACCAGCAGCAAGAGCAGCAGCAAGAACAGCAGCACCAGCAGCUGAUGCAGCAACCAUAUCAUCAGCAGCAGCAACAACAACUGCAGCUGCAACAGCAAUUGCAGCAACAGCAGCAAUUGCAGCAAUUGCAACAACAGCAGCAACAGCAGAAACGGGAGCAAUUGCAACAGCAGCAGCAGCAAUUGCUACAGCAACAGCAGCAAUUGCAACAACAACAGCAACAACUGCAACAGCAACUGCAGCAACAGCAACUGCAGCAACAGCAACUGCAGCAAUUGCAGCAUCCGCCGCACAUGCAACAACUGCAGCAACAGCAGCAACUGCAGCAACCAAGUGGCGCCAGUCAAUCCUUCACGAAUCUCUCCAAGCGAGAAGACGGGCACACAGCAGCAGCAGCAACAGCAGCAACAGCAGCAGCAGCAGGAGCAACGGGACCUUCUGCUGCUGUAGCACCACCAGCACCAUACGCAGCAGCAACAGAGGCAUCACAAGCAGUGGCGAAUCAAGAGGAAGCAACUGCAGCAACAUCUGCAGCAGCAGCAACACCUGCAGCAGCAGCAGCACCUGCAGCAGCAACAACGGAUGCCCCACUAACUGGCAAAAACUCUAAGCGCAGCAGCAACAACAGCAGCAGCAGCAGCCGAAGGUUUGUACACUUGGAGAUGCAUUUGCAGCGGGCGCGACGCAGCAGGAAGCUUGAAGCCGAAGAGCAGCAGCAGCAGCAGCAACAGCAGCAGCAACAGCAACAGCAGCAGCAGCUGGAGUUGAGUCCCUUAGGGCAAGCAAACGGUUAUGGCUCUGUGAGCUCUACAGACACCAAUUGUGGCCCUCCUGUCUCCUUAAAUGAGACUCCUUCUGAGCAGCAGCAGCAGCAGCAGCAGGGAAUGCAGCAGCAGCAGCAGCAACAGCAGCAGCAGCAGCAGGAGCAGCAAUGGCCUGUUGCAGUUGCUGUCUCUUAUGAUGAUGGAGAAGACCCAUCAGAUAUAAUAAGGCCGCGCAACUGCAGACUUUUUAAUGAUGGAGACGACAGUCCUGCAGCAGCAGCAGCAACAGCAACAGCAGCAGCAGCAGCAGAAGACUCCGACAGCAGCGAAGAUGAUGGUCUUCGUGCUUCCCUUAUGCCUUCAACACAACCAGCAGCAGCAACAACAGCAGCAGCAGCAACAUCUGCUGCUGCACCUGGUCGACGAAAGCGCUUACGCUGCAGCAUGUCGCAGCGGGAAUCCCCGGAGAGGAGACAGCAGCAGCAGCAGCAGCAGCAGCAAGAGGGGUUCGCUGGUCAAAGGGGGGAUAGAAGCGGAGAGCAGCAGCAGAGACUGCCAGGGGAGAGAAAGAGACACAGCAGCGGCCCCACAAAGGGACGAGGUAGCAACGGGGGUAGACGCUCUGCAUGCAGAUCCUCGCAGCAGCAGCAGCAGCAGCAGCAUUUGUUUGCAGCUGCUGCUGCCUUUGGUGAUGCGUCACAAGAUGAAUGCGCAGAGAUGCAGCGAGCAAUGGAGCUUAGCCUUAAGACCUUCAAGGAGGAGCAAGAAAGGCAGCAGCAGCAGCAGCUGUUGCUGCAGCAGCAGCAGCAACAGCAGCAGCAGUGGGGGGGAGAUGUGGUUGAUGGGGUGCAGAAGUUAGACUCAUCAGCUGCAGAUCCUGCUGCUGCUGCUGCUGCAGCAGCAGCAGCAGCAGCCAGUUCAAAAUAUAUAAACGCAUCCUCACAAGAAGGAGACACAGAGGGAGAGUCUGCAGCAGCAGCAGCAGCAGCAAACCCUGCAAUGCAUGCAGCUGCAGCAGCAACAACUGCAGCAACUGCUGCUGCAGACAGAACGGAGAAGCGCAGCGCGAAACGACGCCGCCAGCAGCAGCAAAAUUAA